AUGGUGGCGGUGGUGUCUGGCACGGCGGAGGAGGGUGGCGCGGUGGCGGUGGCUCCUGUUCGGGGGCAGGGAGGGAAAGGUAGGGGUAAUGGGGGGAGGGGGAAAAGGGGAAGGAAGGGGGCGUGGGUGGCGCUGGGCGGUGACGGCGGCGCGGUGGUGGUGAUCGCGGAGGAGGGCAGGGGCGGUGGAGGGAGGAAGAAGAAGGAAGAACAAGAAAGAGGGGGGAAGGAAGGAGGUGGGAUGCGGCGGUGUCUGGGUGGUCGGUGGGGUGGCGGUCGUUCGAUACCAACUGAAGGAUUCUCAAAAAGGGGACAGAGUGAGAUUGAUAUACCAGCAGUUGGAGACAAAUCCACAAACUGA